AUGAAUUCCUUACGGCAAUCGUGUCGCCCCAAGCACCAGGUGCUGAUUCUGAAGUGCUACCCGCGCUUGCAGAAGGGCUACCGCGAGGAGGAGGUCAAGCCCAACAGCUCCGAGCUGAGCUACCUGCUCUUCUACGCCAGCUCGCGGCGGACCAAGCUGGUCAAGGUCGGCGACUUUUUGGACAAGAGGACCGCGGGGGAUGUGUGGAGGAGCAGGAUUGCGAGCGUACUCGUCACCCUCCAAAUCCUUCAGGCGCUCAUCGAAAAAUGCCCCAAGGAUAUCCCGCUCUACGCCAACAGCGUCCUCAGCGUUCUGCGCACCGUCCUGCGCUCCAAUGAUGUCACCAUGGUUGAGGCAUCCGUGCCCAUGUUUGAGGCCUUCUGCGAACACCAGGACCCCGCGGCCCUCGCUGCGGACAACGAAUACCUUACCCAAUACGAGGAGAUUGUGCAGCUGUACGCGCAAUUCGCAAACAAGGAGGACCAACCCGCCCCAGCUGGCGCACCCCUGAGCUGGCCCGUCGCGAUCAAAUUCCGGAAGGCUGGCCUGCGCGCGAUCAAGGCGGUGGCCGCUUCGGAAAGCCUGGGCGCUGGCAAGCAAUUAGAUGCCAUAAUCCCCGUCAUCCUCGUCAACCUGUACGCGGACAACGGAGCUUACCUGCACCGGUUGGAAAUUCUGGAUAAAGAGAAGGAGCACCAUGACAAGGAGGCGGCAAUUGCCAGGAGGAAAAGCACGUCGACGGUGCCUGGGGAAAGUGAGGGGGAUCCGCUCGCCGCCUCGGGGACCACGGAGGACGCGGACAAGAUCGCGGAAGAGGAGGCCGGCGUCAUCGCGCUGCAGGCGCUGCGGAACAUAUUCACGUACGUCAGCCGGGACCAGCUGCGGCUCGCCACGCUCGCGGCCAUGAAGUUCAUCACGUCGAAAAUCAAGUCGAGCGAGCAUUUCCCCAACGGCCUCGUCGACGGCUCGUGGCCGGCGGAGCUGUGCGGCAAGAUGUGCAGCUGGGCGCCGGUGCAGGAUCGCUACGUUAUUCUUGUUACUACUUCCAGUUCGCUCGUUCGGAGUAAGGCUGUUGAGGAGGAUUUCGAGCGGCAAUACGUUCUUGCCACGCUCGUGGCUUGGCUUCUUGGCGAUUUGCACAUCAACUUCAUCGGGCUGAGCGUUAUGGAUGUGCUGGUUGGCUUGAUGGGUCGCAUUCUCGAGCUGCUUCAGGUGGGCGGCGCCGCUUCCCUCUUGAACGGAGUGGACGGAAAGGCAAGCAAGGACAGUAUUGCAGCCCCUCAGGAGAGCAGCACUCCCGAUAGCAGCGAACGUGCGACGACACCGACCGAUGCACGGAAGAUGCUCGUCCAACAGCUUAAGAAGUGCGUGUCGAACCUGGCUACGCACAUCUACUACACCGACCAGAUUCCCGAUAUGGUUGCUGCCGUUCUCUCGCGUUUGAAGCCGGUGGGAGGCGGCGCCUCUAACACCGCCGCGGCCAUUGAGGAUCCUAGCGGCACCGUCGAGUCGGUGGCCAGCUCGGCACACCUGCACGAGAAUCCGGGCGCGGACAACUUCUUCUCGUUUGAAACAGCGAGAGUGAUCGCUCUGGAGGCCAUCAAGGAUAUCCUGCGCAUUGCAAACGCGCACGGCAAGGAUGUGGAUAGCGGAAAGGGUUCCGUUGGCCGGAGCCGCACCGGUGUUGAUGCCUGGGAGGGCACGCAGUGGUUACUCCGCGACCCGGCUCCGAAGGUGCGGAGAGCGUACACGGAUGCACUGCUCGUCUGGCUGGAGUUGGAACUCAAGAAGACGGACCUCCGAGCCGUGCCUGAGAGCUAUGGCGGCAAGACGGAGAGGAAGGAACGGAAGGAAGGGGAUAGUUUGGUCAGGAGAGCCGUCAGCAACGCGACGAGCCCGGGCUCGCCGAGGGACAAGAGCCCCAGGAGAUUCCGGACGAGCUUCCUCCAGCUGCUCCACCUCGCCGUGUACGAGAAUGCGCACCAGUUCGCGCUUGCGAAUGGAUCCGAGGCCGACCAGGAGAUCCUGCUUCUCCACCUUCUCCUCGCUCGUCUGGUGGCCAAGCUCGGCGUCAAUGCCCUCUGCACCGGCCUGCCGAUGAUGUUCCGUCUGCAGGAGGAUAUUCCCAACGUGGAGGGUGCAGCGGCGAAGGUUCGCCUCGGCAGUUUGGUACACGGCUACUUUUGGGCGCUUUCUACCAGCUUCGACUUUGCUGCCAGCCACCCCGGAAUGGCGAUUGGAAGCGAGAUCAACCGGCGGAAGGAGACGGGCAUGUGGUUGCAGAGCGUCUCUAUGCCGCCUGUUGAGCUCAAGGAUAUCGCGUCUGCGCCUGGUCUGACGAGCUUGCCAGCCGACACUGUUGACCACGAGGCGCUCAAGCCGUUCGACAACCGUCAGGAGCUCGUGGACCAGAUUGCAGAGGGAUAUGCCGACAGUGUUUACUCUCCGCCUACCAGCGCCCCUGGUAGCCCCAGCCGGUCGUUCUCAGUCUCCCUCAGCAUUCCGAACAUCACCGGUGGCGGGUUCAUGGAUGACCCCAGGGACUCCCAGCUGCCAAGGUCGAACGUCCUGCCGCAGAAGGUCAGAGACCAGAUGAUGGACUCCUGGAACAAGGAGGACGUGCUCGCGGCCAUGGCAUCCAACCACGACGCCAGCUCGCAGUCGGGAAGCCUCAGCAUCUCCCACCGGACCAAGCGCGCCCACACCCACUCUUCGGUGGCCACCGCCGGCGACCCAAGAGGAUCGAACGGCUACCUGGGCGUCAACAUCCCCACCGGCCACGUCAGCCCCAUGCCAUCCCCAUCGAUGAUCAACCACCACCACCGCUCCGCCCUGUCCGGCCUGAACGACGGCGGCCACCACCACCGUGGCGGUCCCGGCUCCAGCUCCUCGGCCCGCUCCGCCAUCCGCCUCGACGACCUCAAGCGCGUCCUGUCGGAGAAGGGCGGCGACUCCUCGUCCCCCAUCCUCCCCAUGACGCGCCGCGGCCGCAGCGCCGAGGGCGACGACGACGGCGACGACAGCGACAGCAUGGUUUCGGCCGACUUCAGCACCAGCGAGUACAGCUACGCAGCGCCCGGUUCCAGCUACAGCCAUGGGACGUCCGCGGGCGAGGAUGGAAACGGCGGCCAGACGCGUCCGCCCCUCUCGACCAUCCCGUCCUCCUCCAUGGGGCUCGACGACGCCGCCGCGUACCCGCCCGUCCCGCAGAUCCCGGCCGCGUUCGCGGGCGAGGGCACGCCGGCGACGACUACGACACCGUCUGCUGGUGACGCUUCGCCGGGUGCGGAGGCGCAGCAGCAGCGGCCUCGCACGGCGACGAACGGCAAUGGCUCGCGCAACAACAGUCUCGCGGCCGGUGCCGGCGUUGCAGCGAACGGCAGCGCCAUGCGCGCCAGCCGCAGCGUCAAGAGCCGCGCGGGCCAGAGCACCAAGAGCGGGCGCGGCCGCAGCCGCAGCAGGAGCGUCGUGACGAGCAGUGGGAACAGGCGGACUGACCACGGGCGGAUGGACGUGGGUGGACUUCUCGCGGGCAUCGGGGUGGAUGAUGAUGACGAUGAUGAUAUUCUUGGUGGUGGUGCUGCGGGGGGUGGUGAUAGUGGGAUGUUGGGGGGGAAGGGGUAUUUGGGGGUUGUUAAUGCGCCGUAUUGA